CCUGAGUCUCCGCCAACCUGUAGUCAGGUGACACCAGAACAGAACCCCGGGAGAACAUACCAGAAACCCCCCCUCUGCAGUCCAGAUCAUCAAAUACAUCGACCAAAGUCAUGCAGCCCGCAACUGCUAAAUGGUACGACAGACGAGACUUUGUCUUCAUUGAGUUCUUGGUCGAGGACAGCAAGGAUGUGAAAAUAAAUUUUGACAAGACAAAAUUUGGUUUCAGUUGUCUCAGUGUGACGGAUAAUAUUAAGCACUCAAAUGAAAUCGAUCUUUUUGAAGCCAUUGAUCAAGAUGGAUCCAAACACAGGCGCACAGACCGGUCGGUCUUGUGCUGUUUACGAAAAGCAGAGACCGGGAAAUCGUGGCCUAGGUUAACAAAAGAGAAAGCAAAGCUUAACUGGCUUAGUGUUGACUUCAACAACUGGAAAGACUGGGAAGAUGAUUCAGAUGAAGAAUCGCCCAACUAUGAUCGCUUUUCAGAGAUGAUGGGCAACAUGGGAGGAGAGGAUGAUUUACCAGACCUUGACGGUGCAGAUGAUGAAUCGGCGGAUAGCGAUGAUGAGAAAAUGCCAGAUCUAGAGUAAAGUGACUGGCACGUUGAGGACAGACAGUAGAGGAGGGGGAUGAUGUACAAAUGAGAAGAGGAAGCUGUCACUUAAACUGUAGAAGAUAAGAGAGCUAAGCUGAAUUCAAUGAGACCAGUGGAUUGAUAAGCAUCACCUUCGUCCACUCAGUGGCUGCACUCCUGAAGAUCGAAAAAACCUUCUGUUGAGUGUUAAUAUGCAUAUUGUUGUACAGAGCUUCUUUGUCCCUCUCCUAAUGAGCAGUCCUGGCUUUUUUGUUUUAAUCUGUUAUACUACAAACAUAAUGUAAAAAAAAAAAAAAAACUGCACUGUAUUCGUAUUUUUCAACAGAAAAGCAAUAUAUGUGAUGGAAAGUUUCUUUUUUUAUUGUAAGACAUUGUAAUUAAAAUGAAAAGUGAAACACAAA